GAACCUAAAAAAAGGGGACAAAAACACAAGCAAAUCCCCGCGAAAAUAACGCCACUGAAAUUAUAUUUCCUCGUCAUCUUAGAAAUGAAAUUUAAACAACAAAAUUAGUUAUAAGCCAAAAUAUAACCAUAAAUUUGACUAAGUUCUGAAAAUCCAAAAUCCAAUACCUAAAAAAAAACCCUGUAAUAAUAACAAUAAUAGAUACAGAAGAAAAGUCACACAGACGAAGAGAGAGAAUUCGAGGACAUCCUCCCAUUUCUUUGACAACCAAUUAACAAGAAAUAUCCCAGCAAUUAUUAUACCCAUUCACAAAAUUCAAUCGAAAACCAAAAUUUCCCCAAAAAUAUAGUAGUUUUCUUUGAAUCUUUUACCCUGGAAUUUGUGCAUUUCACCCAAUUCCUCAUCUGGGUUCCCCAAAUUUUGUCUACUUUUGUGGGAUUUGAAGUUUGUUGGGCAUUCCAAGCUCAGGUUGUUGUUGGGUUCAGCACAAUUUGUUUCAGCAAAACUUCUGAUUUUGGGUGAAAAGUAUUGGAAGUUCUGCCUUUUGGGUGUAAAAGAUCAAAUUUUGUUUCUGCUUUGAUUCAUGAUGAUGUGGAGGGACCCUGGACAACCGGCAGACUCUUAUUAUGAAGUCAGACCUGAUAUUACAGAUGCUCCAAAGACCAAGUUCAGGAUCAAGGCUGGUAAAACAUUGAGUGUAAGGAAAUGGCAAUCGGCUUUUAAUCCAGACGGUGAACUUGAUAUAAGCAAAACACUUGGUAGAAUACAUCGCGGGGGGAUCCACCCAUCAAUUAGGGGAGAGGUUUGGGAAUUCCUGCUUGGAUGUUUUGAUCCAAAGAGUACAUUCGAUGAUCGGUCACAAAUACGGCAACGGAGAAGGGUGCAAUAUGCUCAAUGGAAAGAGGAGUGCCGUGAGAUGUUUCCCCUUAUUGGCAGUGGCAGAUUUAUUACAGCCCCCAUAAUUAAUGAUCGUGGAGAGCCUAUUCAGGAUCCAUUGGUACUCUUAGAAACAAAUUUAGGAGAUGCUGCUGGUCCUGGGACCACUGCUAAUGGUACAGGUAAUUCCAACGGUUUAGGAACGCAAAAUGCAGCAAAGAACAAUGAUCCCAUGUCCAAGAAAGAGAUUCAAUGGAAGCUCACUUUACAUCAAAUAGGUCUCGACGUAAAACGCACUGACAGGGCUCUUGUCUUCUAUGAGAAGCAAGAAAAUCUUGCUAAACUUUGGGAUGUAUUGGCUAUUUAUGCCUGGAUAGAUGGAGAUGUUGGGUACUGUCAAGGAAUGAGUGAUCUUUGCUCCCCCAUGACAAUUCUCCUUGACAAUGAAGCCGAUGCCUUUUGGUGCUUUGAACGCCUUAUGCGCAGAUUGCGAGGGAAUUUCAGAUGCACUGGCAGAUCUGUUGGGGUAGAGGCACAACUCAGUAACCUAGCAACAAUUACUCAAGUUGUUGAUCCAAAACUUCAUCAGCAUUUAGAGACACUUGGUGGAGGUGACUAUCUUUUUGCCAUUCGAAUGCUCAUGGUUUUGUUUCGCCGAGAAUUUUCCUUUGGUGAUUCUCUGUACCUUUGGGAGAUGAUGUGGGCUUUAGAAUACGACCCUGAACUUUUCUUGGUGUACGAAGAGCCUGAUUCUGCUAAUGAAAGUGCUGAGGGAUCUAAAGGAAAACCGAAAUCUAUUCGCCAUUAUGGCAAGUAUGAAAGAGAAAUUUUGAGGAGUGGAGCAAAGGAAGACGCACCCCUUCCCAUUUCUGUCUUUCUUGUUGCCAGUGUAUUGAAAGAGAAGGGCCCUAAACUACUUAAGGAAGCUCGUGGUCUGGAUGAUGUUGUAAAGAUUUUGAACGACAUAGCUGGAGAUCUGGAUGCCAAGAAAGCUUGUGCCAAUGCAUUGAAGCUACAUAAAAAGUACUUAAAACAGGCAAAGAAGAUAUAGGCACGAAAAAUGUAGAAGUUUUUGUCACAAUUGAGAUCUAACCUAUCAAUAUGGUGUAAUAUCUUUCCGGGUGUACAACAAAUAUAAUUGUAUCAUAGAAAUCCCAUGGUCAAUUUAGCAUUAAUCCACAUGUAAUCUAUAAAGGAUUAAUGUUUGUUGUACAUCUUAAACAUUCUUUGUACCGAUUUUGCGAAAUUUAUGAAUAUACUACCCACUGCUUGUGGGUUGUAACUUUGAUUGUAAAUGCUCUUCAUAUGAGUGGAAUUUUGUUCGAGCUCGCUCUA